AUGCAACUCUCUUUGCUCAGUCUGAGUGUGUUGGUGUCCUAUGUCCUCGCAUCACCUACUGGAAACUACGUGAUCCACGAAAAGCGUGAUGCUGCUCCCAUGGGCUGGAGCAAAGGCGAGCGUCUUGAUCGUCGUGCCUUGAUUCCUAUGAAGAUUGCAUUGACGCAACGCAACCUUGAUCAAGCCGCAGAAUACCUGCACGAAGUCAGUCAUCCUGAGUCUUCCAAGUAUGGCCAACACUGGACUGCAGAGCAAGUGGCAGACCACUUCGCACCCAGCGAUGAUACCAUUUCUUCUGUCAUGGAUUGGCUUAUCGCUUCCGGCAUUUCCUCCGACAGUGUCAAGUUGAGCAAGGGCAAANACUGGAUCAACCUUGAAGCCUCGGUCGACCAAGCCGAGUCACUUCUGAAUACCAAGUACCACGUUUACGAGCACGAUGCUACUGGUCAUCCUCAUAUUGCCUGUGAUGAGUACAGUCUUCCCAAGCAUCUGAAGGACCACAUUGACUUUGUCACUCCUUCCCUGCACUUCGACACCAGAGUCACAGGACGCUCUGAAAAGCUCGAGAAGCGUAAUGUAACCCCCAAUACUGGCAAGACAAUCGGUCAACCUGGUAGUGGCAGUACACCUCAUCUAGGCCAGUGGAUCAACAAGUCGCAGUUCAUCACUCAGCUUGAACAGUGUGAUGAGCAGAUCACGCCGAACUGUCUGAAGGCUCUGUACCAGAUUGGAAAGAGCACCGGAAAGAGCAAGAAGAACAGCUAUGGCAUUGUCGAGUACACUCCUCAGGCCUAUGUUCCGUCCGAUCUCGAUCUUUUCUUUGCCAACUUCUCGGAGAAGCAAGUCGGAGACCGUCCCAUCACCGAUCUGAUCGACGGUGCUGUUGUCCAGCAGACUAACAUGAGCUUCAAUUUCAAUGGCGAGAGCAACCUUGAUCUCGAGUAUGCCAUGACUCUUAUCUAUCCGGAGAAAGUGACUUUGUACCAAGUUGAAGGUGCAUCGUUCAACAACUUCCUUGACGCCAUUGAUGCUUCUUACUGCACAUACGAAGGCGGCGAUGACCCUUCCCAAGACGCUGUCUACCCUGAUCCGUAUGCAGGGGGCUACGAGGGCAGUGAGAACUGCGGAACAUAUGCACCUGCCAAGGUCAUCAGCACAUCCUACGGCUAUAAUGAGGCCGAUCUCACUCCUUUCUAUGAGAAGCGACAGUGUGAUGAGUACAUGAAGCUCGGUCUGAUGGGUACCUCGGUCCUCUACAGCUCAGGUGAUUAUGGUGUUGCAGGUAACAGCGGCCAGUGUAUCGCAGCCAACGGCACCUACAACUCCGGCAAGAACGGUCGUUUCAACCCCUCUUUCCCUGCUACCUGCCCUUACGUGACAGCCGUCGGAGCCACACAAGUAAUUCCUGGUACAAACAUCAUCGCCGCUCUUGCCAGCGGUACUCAGCCCGAGGAAGCUUGUGAAACUGUCAUCUAUUCUGGUGGUGGUUUCAGUAACGUCUUCGACCUUCCCAGCUACCAGGCUUCUGCUGUCAAAUCGUGGUUCAAGAACUACNCCCCACCAUACGGUGCUGACCGCUUCAACAACACACAAAAGACUCGUGGCUUCCCUGAUGUCAGUGCAAAUGGUGCCAAUUAUGUCGUCGCCGUCGAUGGCACCUUUGCCUUGGUCUACGGAACAUCUGCAUCAUCUCCUACUUUUGGCUCGGUCCUCACUAUCAUCAACGAGAGACGUCUUCAGGCCGGCAAGAGCAGCGUCGGUUUCAUUAACCCCACGCUGUAUGCUCACCCUGAGGUGUUGAAUGAUAUCACCCAGGGAGGCAACCAGGGAUGCGGUACUCCAGGUUUCUCUGCGAGCAAGGGAUGGGACCCCGUAACUGGUAAGAGCAUAAAGAAACCCUAA